AACAUUAGAGCAUCCAAAUGGAUUGGAACUGGAGAUUCCCUAUUAUCGUUAUGGUUUUGCUAUCGAAGUACAAGGAGAACAGCAUGAAAAAUAUAACGAAUUCUUUCAUAAAGGAGAUCCUAAUAAUUUUGUCCGGCAACAAAAGCGGGAUCAACUCAAGAAUGAAUUGUGCGAAGAAAACUGGAUUGUUUUAAG